AUGUUGGCUGGUGGGCAGCAGUCAGAUGGUGCUCCACAGGGGGAGGUUGUUUUUACAGACAAUAUGCAACAAGACAUCAGGCCAGACAGCAAUAGUAAGAAAUCCCUGGGGUCUGAGUGUGUCCUGGAGCAGGCAGUUAGGGAGGGCUGGACCCUCCAGACUGUAGGCAUGCUCACAUUUGCAGAACUCUUUGUCAUGUUGGGGAAGCCAUCGAAGCUGCAACUAGAAUAUGACUGGGUACAGGAGAAGAUUGUUGAUGUUGAACAUGUGAGUGCUGUAUGGAAGAUCAUCCGACUAGCAGCUUUUGAACUAGACCUUCUCAGUAACAAACAGGUAACAGAUUUCUUGUGUAUUCCUUAG